GAUUCUGGGUAAAAGCCUUUUCCUCCGAGACUUUUCAAGAUGCCGCGUGGUCCAAAGAAGCAUCUCAAGAGGCUCAAUGCUCCCAAGCAUUGGAUGCUGGACAAGUUGUCCGGUGUCUUUGCACCCAAACCAAGCUGUGGUCCACACAAGAUGCGCGAGUGCCUGCCACUCACGAUCUUUCUCCGUAACCGCCUGAAAUAUGCCCUGACCUACGACGAGUGCGUCAAGAUUGUUAUGCAGCGCCUUAUCAAGGUUGAUGGCAAAGUUAGGACUGACAAGAACUACCCAGCUGGAUAUAUGGAUGUGGUCUCCAUCGAGAAGACCAACGAGAAUUUCCGCUUGAUCUACGAUGUCAAAGGUCGUUUUGCUAUUCAUCGUAUCACUCCUGAGGAGGCCAAGUACAAGUUGUGCAGGGUGAAGAAGCUUGGUGUUGCCCAAAAGGGAGUGCCUUAUGUUGUCACCCAUGAUGGCCGCACCAUCAGGUAUCCUGACCCGUUGUGCCGAGUCAACGACUCCGUUCAGGUUGACAUCGCAACUGGAAAGAUCAAGAACUUCAUCAAGUUUGAAUCUGGCAACCUGUGUAUGGUGACGGGAGGUCAUAACUUGGGACGUGUUGGUCUCAUCACACACAGAGAGAGGCAUCCUGGAUCAUUCGACAUUGUCCACAUCAAAGACGCCCUGGGACAUUCAUUUGCCACUAGGUUGAACAACGUGUUCGUCAUCGGUAAGGGCAACAAGCCAUGGGUAUCCCUCCCCCACGGAAAGGGAGUCAAGUUGACCAUCGCUGAAGAGAGAGACAGAAGGAUAGCUGCCAGGAAUAACUAAACGAAUGAAGCAGUAAAUUUAUUUGUACAGAUACCAAAUGAAAAAAAAACAUGGAAAACAA